UGGGGGAUACUAUAUAAAUCUCAAAGUUUAGAUGAUUUGGGGAUUGGUGCUGGAAUACGAAAAACCAGAGUGGUAUGGGGAAAAUCGGGAAGAGGAACAAGGAGAGAGCAAGUGAGAAAGAGGAACGAACACAAAGUAAAGAAAAUUGAGAGCAAAAAGGAGCAAAGAGAAGAGAAGUCGAAGCUGAAAGAAGAAUACACGACGAAGUUUCAGGGACCCUUUUAUUUUCCUUCACAAUGGGUCCUCGACAGUGUCAAGUCUGCAACGAAGCUCCGUCCAAGUACAAGUGCCCUUCAUGCUACUUACCUUAGUAAGCAAAAAAACCCAACCUUUAGUUUCUUCCUUCAAGCUUAUUGUUGUUAAUUUUGCUUUUGAGAAUUCUUGGGUUGUUCCUUCUUCUUGCAGUUGUUCUCUGGUCUGUUACAAGAAACACAAAGAAUUGCCAUGUGUCAAGCCGCAACCUUUGGAGGCCUUAACAACCGCUGUUUCAGAAUCACUUGUAGAAAAGGCAGUAGUAGUUGGUGAAACAAGUGAGGUGUUGCAAAAAUUCCAACUGGAGGCCAUAGCCUCUUCCAGUGAGAUUCGUGAUUCUUUGAAUGAUAAAGCACUUCAGGAUUUAAUUUGUCGAAUUGAUUCUUCCUCAAAUGCAGAGGAUGAACUUGAUAAGGCUAUGGCAGAGGAGGCAUUUCGCUUGUUCACUGACAAGAUUUUAUCAACCAUCAAUCCCUAACUGCAAGCACCGGUUGCUGAAAGGAGAAUUUGUCAAUCUGAAAGGAACCGCAGAUAAGGCCUCCCCAAUUUUGCUGGUUUUGGUUAAUAUUUCUUUUUCAUUUGCACAGUUUUUCGCUGUGAUUCAGCCGUCAAUAUAUGAAAAAUGUUGAAUCUUCAUUGUGGCACUGUGUUGAUAAAAAGAUUGAUUUUCCUUUGGCUCCCUUGAGAUCUCGUGUAACGUUUUCAUUUAACUGAAUUUCAAGUCCCGGUGAAUUAGUGUUUGUAUUGAUAAUGACAUGUGUUACGUGAACCAAGUUGGUUAUUUAAUAAUUGGAGAUGGAGAAAAUUAUACGAUUUA